AUGGAAGAAAAUGGAUUCUUACCAACUCUUCAUUUUCGAUCUAAAAAUUCACUUCCUGAACUACCUGACCAUACCUUUUCUUGUUCAGCAAAUCGAAAAUCUCGUCCUUAUUCAUCCGACUGGCAACAAAUAAGUAAAAAUCAACAUUAUGGAAAAUACUCAACAUGGAAUAAAAACACUAUUCAAAAUGAGGAAUACACCCAAGAAUAUGAAAGACCAGCUAAACGACUUUCUUUAUCAAAUUCGACAGCUUCUAAAUGGAGACAAAAUGUCGAGGAUAAUGGUAUUGGAAACUCAAAUCUCUCAGACAAUAAUCAAAAAGGACCAUUUCAAAGAUCUAUGAAUAAUAUUUUACCACAACCUGGUGAUCGUGGAAGUUUUAAAAGAUCAAUGGCCGGUUCUUUAUUUGGAAUGAGAUCUGUCGAGCAUUUGAAUCCAACUCCAAAUGAAUUUAAUACUUUAAAAAACGUUCAAGCAGAAACUCGAAGAAGAAGCGAUUUAAUGGUCAAAAUUGCUGGGCCUAUCGAAUUCCUUCCUACUGACUAUAAGCAUAAUGAUAUUCGGACUCUUACCGCAAGGUCCGAAUUAGCUAAAUUUGACGAUAUAACUCUCAAUAAUGUAAUGAAUCGUUACAGGAAUAGCAUUUCUUCUGGCUCCAAACCUUCCGAACCUCCCAAAAAUAUCGAGAUAACCAAAGAAGAAUGGGUUGCUAUGAUGAGAACCCUUGAUUUGUCUGAAGAUUAUAACCAGAACACAAUGAAAAUAUUGCAACAGUGGCAAGACAUCAAAAUCAAAGUUCCAAUUACCGUUGGCAAAAUUAUUAAACUAGAUUCGAAUAAAAAAGUUGCUACUAUUGCUGAUUAUACAGGUAAAAUACAAGCAAUUAUCCAUGAAAAUGUUCUUCGAGUUCAUGGUCAAAAGUUUCAAAUUGAUACAAUUCUUGUAUUAAAAAACGUAUCAAUUCUUCGUUCAAUUGGAAAUACAUACCUUAAUGUAACUCUCACCAACCUUCAUUUGACAUCAGCGCCUCAACAAUCAAACCAUCUAGAGUCAACACUACCUAGCGUAGUAUCACUUACCAAUAGACCUAUUGAAGAAGGAAUAGACUCGAAUAGUGGGAAUAGUGGCAAUCAGACCAGUGAUAGCCAUCUUGGUAAUUCCGAUAAAAAUGAUAUGACGAUUAAUAAAGAAAGCUCAGAAGGUAGUACAUCGACACAGAUUAACGAAUCACGAAUGAAAAUAAGGCCGAUGUCCGAUGAAGAUCAAGAAAACAAUAAUUUUAUGUUAUCUAACGGGGAAGAUUCCGAAGAUAUUUCAUGGAUGUUGGAUGGAUUGGAAGAAGUAAUAUCAGUUGAUUAUUAA